UUCCGACUCGCUGCUGUUAGGAUGGCGUCCUUUGCGGAGGCACCCGCCGGCGAUGCCGCAAAGGGCGCAAAGAUCUUCAAGACCAAGUGCGCGCAGUGCCACACCGUCGCCCCUGGCGAGGGCCACAAGCAGGGCCCCAACCUGGGCGGCCUGUUUGGCCGGAAGACGGGCCAGGCGGCGGGCUUCAGCUACAGCAAGGCCAAUGUGGACAAGGGCGUCACGUGGGGCGAGGACACGCUGUACGACUACCUGCUCAACCCCAAGAAGUACAUCCCAGGCACCAAGAUGGUGUUUGCGGGGCUGAAGAAGCCGGAGGAGAGGGCGGAUCUGAUCGCUUACCUCAAGGACGCCACCAAGUGAGGGAGCCCUUUCCGAGGCCCUCGCUCCGUGGUGCUCCACUCCGUCACCGCCUGAGCGUCCUGUUUCCAGCGACUGGCGAUCUCGUGGUGCCCGCUUUGGGCAGCGGACAUUGCCAAUCUGCUUCUGGCCUCUCCUUGGCUGCUCCCUGGCUGCUCGCCAGCAUCCGGCCCACACCGCUCUUCUUCGUCCGUCCCAACACUGACUU